GUCUAGCCUGUCGUAUUGAGAGUAGUAGAGCCAGCGAAAGUAAGUUAGCUGGCCCUCAUCGUCAUCUCGCAUGGCAGAAGUCAAGGGGAGUACCCAAGCAGUAGGAAAAUGGAGUUCACAUGUCUACGAAUUAUCCGAUUUUCUUGAGCUUUUCCAGUUACCACAAGUCGUGAAAGUACACGAAGGCUACCACGAUGAAAACGAAGAAAAGACACUAAGCGUUGAUGACGUUCUUAUACUUCAUAGACAUGAAACAGUUCCUAAAGUGUUUGCAAUUAGCUUCCAAGGGGGAGAGGAGUGGGGAGAAAUGUCGCUUCCUCUGACAUGCGCAGUAAAGGUUGAUCGUGUUUCUGAACAGUUUGCUAAAAGUCGUUUGAGCAGUGACGGGAUUUUAGAACAACUUUCGAAAGUGAGGUUUGUUCGAGUCGCGGAGAACGAUACGGAAGUUGGAUUUGCAAGAAAUGACAAACUGAAAGUCAAACAUAAAACAGUCGAGAACUACGGAUCUUCGUUUAGUUUUAUACUGUCAACGUUGACAAAACCCAAACAAGUUUUUAAAGUAACACAAAAUUGCAGAGCAACGUUUCAAGCGGUUCUAGAUCCAAACGAAUACAGAAUAGCUGAAGUUGUAAGGAAAUUUGGACUACCAAAUUAUAUUUACAUGGUGGAUAAUGUUAUUCAAGAUCAAUUUAAAAAUUCAUUUCAUGAGUCAGUACAGAGAGUAUUGAAACUGCAGAAGACUUUUACGGAAACUUGUGUCAUCGCCAGCACGCUGGAAGAUUCUGGUUCGGUCAUAAAAUUACCAACGAACUUGGAAAUUACGCUUCGUUCUUCGGUGGAAGCUGAAAACCAGCGUCAAAUGAACGCUGAAUGUUUUGGGGAAACGAAUAAUUGUACUAGGAUAGGAAACGAAGAAAUAACAAUAAACGAGAGAGCUGAUUCUUGUGUUGUUUGUGAAGAAAUGGCUGGUCACGCUAAAGAAACUGAAACUGCGUCACUACAAAAAGACCAAAUGAAGAGAGAGAUUAAAAAAGACGAGACGGGGAAACUACAAGUUGUGAUUCCUAACAAUUAUACUCCAACAYCAUUGGUCAGAGCUUUAAGCAUUAGAAACGGGAUUUAUGACUUUCCAAAAGCCACAUCAACUGAACGAACACAAGAGAGUAGUGAUUCACCGAAAACGCCGUUGUACGAUACUCCGAGACAAGCUAGAAGUUCUCAGAACGACGGGAAUAUUUCUGCGGGUUUAUUUACGAAUCAAAUUUAUCGUCAAGAAUAUGCUCGAAUGGACAGGCUAAAACAUUUGAGUGCUUCUACAUCAGCGGAAGAUGAAGAAGCUGACCAUAUCUACCAAGAGAUUACGUUUCGAGAGCUGCCAGAACCGAUGAAAGAUAUCAGUUGUUCUGUUGCAAAAGAAGCGGUGAACAACAUAGAUAAGAUUAUUUCAAGUAAUAAGGGAAAGAUUUCCGCGAGACGCGAUUCAGCUCCUGCUAAUCUAAUAGUCGGGGAAUCGGGACAGCAUUCAAAUACUUAUCAAAUAGACAGAACCAUGACUGACAAAAGCAAAACGCUGACGAGAAAAUACAAAACAUGGAACGACCAAACGAACAGCGAUGAARCAGUGUACGAGAACUGCGAUUUCCUGAAAGCAAGACUAAACAGUUGUGAUUUUGAGGCGAAGACAUCACCGCAGAGGAGAGCACGUGCAGGGGUGGCAUCUCUCGUGGGUAGUUCCCUCGGCAGUGCGAUAAGCGAUGCGCUUCUCAGGAACAACCCCUUAGCCAAGAAAGCCGCUAGUAUGGAAGCCAAAAUCCCACCCCAGCCUCCUCCAAGGACCAGCAGUAGAAAACCCGAUAUUCUUGAAGAAUGCGAGUAUUCUACUGGCACUGGGAAUAAUAGUACUACGAGUAAAAAGAAGGCCGGCCAAGCUCCUUUACCUCAACCGCCCAUAGCAAGUGUUAGACGAAGUGCAAGCGCUGCGGCAACCAUUGGCAUUGUAAAAGAAAAGAAAAAAUUCUCUGGAAGGCCUUUGCCAAUCCCUAAGACCAAUAGUCAAUCUGUGGAUCCCAGAGAAGCCCUAAACCGCGACAAAAGCUCAAGCACUGAUACCUUAGAAUUUACUUCGAAAGUCGAUUCCGAGAAAUCAUUGAGGCCAAAACUUCUAGUCCCACGAAAGGCACUUAUUCCUUUUUCAGCUCCGAUCAAAAAACGAUGUGAUGAAAACGAAGUACAGGAUUCGCCUCCAAGGAUUCCCCGAGAAAGGAAACCUGCUCUUUUGGAUCUAAGGAAACCGGCCAGUCCCCCGAAGCCAAAGGUUUAUGCAGGUUCGAUUACCCAGAAUAAAUCUGGAAACGAGUUGAUGCAAGGAAAAGAACAAACACACUCAAGCAAAAGAGCAAAUCGGUCCCAUUCAAUGAACGAACUAGAUGCAAAAUUUGUUAAUACAAGAUUCGUCAUUCCUGAUGAUCUUAGAAGUUUAGGGGUGGCCGAAGUGGCAGAAUGUUUGAAGGAACUAAAAAUGGAACAGUUGGUUGAAUACUUCCAGGAAAACCAGAUCGAUGGAGAGAUGUUGCUCUCACUAGAUGAGGAUAUUUUGUCUGAGAUGAGAAUUGAGAAAUUUCACCGGUUGAAACUGGUUAAGUUUAUUGGUGGAUGGAGGCCAACUAUGUGAUGAUAAGAAUGCUUACCAAAGAAUAUGAACAUUUAGAGCACCGCCGUCGAUCGGUGUGGCUAUUAGAACUGUAGAACAGUUUUCGAACAUGGCACGAACACGGCACGAACAUGGUCGUGACACGGCGAGGAAUACGCCAGACCAAUCACAUUGGUCGAUAAUUUACUCUCCAUCCAAUCAAAUACCCGAAACAUGGCAUAAACAUGGUGCGGACAAGGUCACGUCAAGGUUAUGGCUUGGUCAGACCAAUCACAUUGCGCGAGAAAAAAAUCAGCUAACUUAAAGCCCGCUUAUAGCACUGAGCUUUUCAAAGUCAUGCGAAAACUACUAUAUAUAGAGGUUUUGCGCUAUCACGUACCGUCGGCAAAGGAAAAUGGAAAACAAUAUAAUUAUCACUUUAUUCUUGGGAAUCGAAACCUAUCUUAUGUAAAACGAUUGAUCGUUCUUGCAUCUUGCAUGGCUGCUGUCACUUGAUGGUGCAAAAUCUCUAUUGCUUAAUAUUUUUUUCCUUUUUUUUUUUUUUUGCAGCCUUUAUCGCUUAAAUAAUUACUUAUAAAAGUAAAACAAUAUUUAAUGACACAUUAUAGGCCCUUGCAGCAUAUUUUCAACGCAGUCAAAUAUGGAGGUCAAAAUAAUAAACCUCUUUACAUUGGACGUGAUGUUUCCCAUUUCAGACCACGUGUCAUUCCCUAGAGCAUGUUUUCUUUGUUUAACGGCUGCACACGAGAAGACACACGAGUAUGGUUACAACUCUGACAAAGAAUAUUAGGAGAAUAUUAUGAGUAGGAGUAUGACACGGGGUCUAAAAUGGGGAAAACAUUACGCUCCUAAAAGGUAUAUAGUUUUACUCUCAUGAGAAAUAAAACGCACUGUCCUCAAGGUCGAGCUAAAUUGUGUAUAGUUAGCAUGCCAGUCUGGUAUGCCAUAACCUGACAGACUAAAAGGUUCACGUUAUUGGU